AUGCGUGUUGUUUUUCAAUCGCUGGUGUUGGCAGCUCUGAUGAUACUUGCUCAUGCCAUUGAUUCAUCUUUUGGUAUUGAGCAGCGCUCUCGUGCUUCUGCCCACUUGACCCCUACCGAGAUCAUCAUUGGACUGGGACCAAAAUUGUCUGUAAACUCUUCAAUCUACGCUCAAAAUGAUCCUCGGUGGUUCAAUGCAACGGAGCGCUGGCAGGCGUAUUCUGAGCCUGAUUUCCUUGUAGUUGUGGAGCCUGCUACAGAAGGUGAUGUCCCAAUCAUUGUCAAAUGGGCCAACAAUCAUGGUAUCCCUUUCCUUGCUGUCAACAGAGGCCACGGUUCUACCGAGACUCUGGGCAGACUGAAGAACGGCAUUGAGAUUUCAAUGGCUAAGCUAAAUUGGAUUGAAAUUGCCGAAGAUGAGGCCUCAGGCUUCUUCGGUGGUGGUGUAUACGAUGGUCAAGUCAUCGAUGAGCUUUGGGAAAAGGGUUUCGUCACUGGAACUGGAAGCUGUGCCUGCGUUGGCGUUAUGGGUCCUGGGCUUGGCGGUGGCCAUGGUCGCUACCAGGGGUUCUAUGGGUUGAUUGUUGACAUGUUGAUUUCCAUGAAUGUCGUUCUUGCUGAUGGGUCCGCUAUCACCGUGUCAAACACCUCCCAUCCUGACCUCUGGUGGGCCAUGCGUGGAGCGGGCCAUAAUUUUGGCAUUGUGACGAGCUUCCAUGCUGGAAUUCAUAAGCGCACUGUAGAUGAAUGGUCCAUUACCGAAUUUAUCUUCACCCAAAAUCAGCUCGAAUCAGUCUUCAAGGUGCUCAAUUCUCAGCAAGAGAAUGGGGGUCAACCAAAGGAGUUGAUGAACUAUGGUGUUUUCACCUGGGAUGCUGAUUAUAGCACGACAGAGCCCAUCCUUGAGUUUUUUAUUCACUACGUCGGCACUACUGAAGAUGCUGCACCAUACCUGAAGCCGUUCCAGGAAUUGAAUCCACUAUACACCAGUACCAAAUACUAUCCAUACCCUGAUGUACUUGACGCAACGGGAACCGGAAUGAACAGCCCAAUGUGUCAAGACGGCCACACGAACAUGCAGUUUCCCUUCGGCCUGAUUGAACAUAAUAUUACAGCCACUCGCCAGAUCUACGACUACUACGCAAAGGUCACUACCGAGCAGCCCCUUUUUAACCAGUCGAUUGUCGUCUUUGAGGCCUAUUCGCUUGAAGGUGUGAAGGCCGUUGACCCAGCAUCCACUGCCUUUCCCCAUCGCGAAGAUAAUAUUCUGUGCGAUGUUCUUGUAACCUAUGACCCCAACAGCGCCCUUGACAAGGAUGCAAUCGAUAUCGGAAAGCAGAUUACACAGUUCUGGGCAGAUGGUCAACCAACUCGCGAGCAGCACAUUUAUGUCAACUAUGCCUUUGGUGAUGAGCCCCUGGAGCAGAUGUACGGUUCUGAGCCGUGGAGAUUGAAGAAGCUCCGCGCCACGAAAGCAAAAUACGACCCGCAUAACGCGUUCCGAUUCUAUAAUCCUAUUGUCUAG